AUGAUUGCAAACGGGCAUAUUGUAGGAGACGGAUCAUGGGAUCUACGUGUUUUUGUCACAGAUUUGCAGACCGAGAGACUAAUCCGCGUAAAAGGAGAUGUCCACAUCGGUGGUGUCAUGCUGAGGCUCGUCGAAGACUUAGAAAUAUCCAUGGAUUGGUCCGACCACGCCUUGUGGUGGCCCGAACAAAAUGUAUGGUUGACCAGGACGAGAUCCACUCUGGACCAAUGUGGUGUCCAUGCCGACGCCCUCCUGUAUUUCACCCCUAUGCACAAAAACCUUAGAGUACAGUUACCAGAUCUUAGACAUCUUGACAUGAGGGUAGACUUCUCCAUCAAAACAUUCUCAGCCGUUGCCCAAGUAUGUAAAGACAUCGGACUAAGACAUCCCGAAGAGUUAUCGUUUUGCAAGCCUCUGGAACCCAAUCACUUGAAAUAUAAUUAUAAGGAUAUGCCAAAGAAAAAAAUCGAUCAGAAUGGAGCCCAGAAGAAUGGACACCUUCCUGUAGACACGAACACAUUUAUCGCUAACAGUAGCCCUGUAGGUAGUACGGGAAGUCUAGACAAAUCGCCGUUUAUGUGUGCGCCAGUAACUCCAUCCCGACCUCCCCCAUCUUCAACCCCUGUUGGUAGUCCUGCGGGCAAUACUGGCACCUGGAAAAAGAACGGAUACGGCAAUGAUACGAACGGUACUUUGAAUUAUUCUGGAAAUAGCCUUAGUAGUGAACAGCUAAACGGUACUUUCGACAGUUCGUUAGCACAGAGCCCUCCAUCCCCUUAUCCAGAAGCCAGACGACAACUCGUUAGACCUAAAUCACUCGUCGAGAAGGCCAGAAUGAAUGUCGCAUGGCUGGAUUCAUCUUUGUCGAUAAUGGAGCAGGGCGUGAGGGAACACGACAUACUGUGCCUGAAGUUUAAAUUUUACGUGUUCUACGACCUUAAUCCCAAGUACGACGCCAUACGUAUAAACCAGAUAUAUGAGCAAGCAAAGUGGCAAUUAUUAAAUGAAGAGAUCGAUUGUACGGAAGAGGAAAUGUUGAUGUUUGCUGCAUUGCAGUUGCAAGUCAAACUGCAAGCGAAUCAACCUCAACCAACAUUUGAUAGUAAUGGGAGUGGUGCUCCGUCUCCAAUAGAGGACGACAUAGACGCUGCCUUAAACAACUUGCAGACUACUCUAGAGGGAUCCAGCAUCAAUAGUUUUUCAAAUGACAUCACACAAGUGCCUGAAUUAAAGGAUCAGUUGAGAUUCUUAAAGCCAAAAAGGUUUACGUUGAAAGCAUACAAAAAGUACUGGUUUACGUGUAGAGAUUUGCACCUUUACAUGUACAAAAGUCGAGAAGAAAUGAUGCACGGGCAGAAUGCUGUCUUCAACAUAAACCUGAAGGGUUGUGAAGUGACGCCUGAUGUUAACAUCAGCCAAAACAAGUAUGUUAUCAAAUUGGAAGUGCCCAGUUCUGAAGGAAUGUCAGAAAUGUACAUUAGAUGCGAUGAUGAAUCUCAAUAUGCCAGAUGGAUGGCCUGCUGUAGACUGGCGGCGAAAGGACGUUCUCUUGCUGAUAGUUCCUACGAAUCAGAAAAGAAAACCAUUUUAGACUUCUUAUAUUUGCAGAAACGCGCUGAAGAACCUGUGAUUAAUCCAGACAGUCUGGAUAUUCAAGUGGAAGAUUUUAUUGCCCCCAAAUAUUUGAAAAAGUCUAAAGGAAAGUUAACACAAAGAAUCCUGGAAGCACACGCAAACGUCAAGGACCUAGGGUUAAUCGAUGCCAAAAUGAAUUACAUCAAGGCUUGGCAGUUGUUGCCAGAGUUCGGUAUAACACUGUUUGUGGUUAAAUUUAUGAAUUCAAGAAAAGAGGAAUUACUUGGCGUCGCAUACAAUCGCAUAAUGAAAAUGGACAUAAAUUCUGGAGAUCACCAGAAGACAUGGCGUUUCAAUACCAUGAAAGCCUGGAACGUCAAUUGGGAAAACAAACAUAUGAUGGUCCAGUUUGAAGAAGAAAAUAUCGUAUUCAGCUGUCUGUCGGCCGACUGCAAAGUCGUGCAUGAGUUCAUCGGGGGUUACAUCUUUUUAUCUACCCGAUCGAAGGAUGCGAGUCAGACUUUGAACGAGGAGCUUUUCCAUAAAUUAACCGGCGGUUGGUCGUAAACUUAGUGCCUAUUGCAACGUUUGCCUUUCACAAGACGUCAAUUAUUGUUAUGAUUUAAAAUUUAUACAUGUUCGAUGAAUUUGAAAUAUUUUCUAAUAUGCACGAGGAAGCAAUUUAUAAAAGAGGCUGAAUAUUUGGAAGGUAUGUUUCAGCUAUUCUUCUGUAAUAUAUUAAUUAAUACAUAAUAAUUGUUAUUUUUAUUGUAUAUAAAAAGUCAGUAUUUGCCAUAAAUACAUAUAUAUUUCAUAUAUUUAUUACUCUGUAACAUAAAUGUAACCGCUUAUUUACAUUGGUUCAUAUUGUUGCUUUUUAAAUGUUAAUUGUAUUAAUAUUACUAAAGUGUUAGACAAUAUAUUUUUACCAGGUUUACACUUCCGACAUAUAACAUACAUAAACAUUUUAUUGUAUAAAGUAAAUAAUAAAAUCUUUUAACAGUUA